GGGCGAGUGUAAUAGCUACCCGGCACACAUUGUACGUUGAUCGAUUGGUCAGACGGGCCGGCGUGCCGUACUGGCGAUCAUUAACCCAGUUGUGUCUCGGCCGGGCGCGGGGCGGGCGCACUCGCCAUGCAGCUGCCCGAGGCGCCGCCGCCGCCGCUGGCCUCGCUCUGGGACCGCAUCCUCCGCGCGCAGGCCUUGCCGCCCGACCUGGACGUGCAGCUCCUCUACAUCGCCAUCCGGGACCGCCUCACGCAUCCCGAGUGGGAAGUGCGUCUCCACGCUCUCCGCGUCCUCGCUGAUCUUCUACCCAUCUCCGGCAACGCGCUCGCCUUCCCCUUCGACCAGGUCAUCGACAACCUCGGACACAACUCACCGAAUGUGCGGAAGGCUGCCCUUGAUGCGCUGAAGGUGUUCUGCUCGCACUGCGAGGAGCCUGAGUGCGCCGCGCGCGGCAUCGCCGACAAGUGCGCCUAUCAAAACAUCAGGCCACAUUCAGCUGAUGUGGAUGCUAAAGCUAAUAUCCUCACGGGAUUAAUACUCUCCGUGCCGUCGGUGUUCGGAAUAUUGAAGCGGAGGAAUCCUAAAUUAGAUAUUUAUUCGAUGUUUGUGAUUCUCGGAGAUAAGCUGUUCGACCCCUUCCAUCGCGAUGUGGCGCUGCGGUCCCUGAUGAAGCUGCGGCGGGUGUGCGGUCCACGGGACUACGUCAUGUAUUUCAGACAACUGGAUCCGAAAGUUCAGGAAAAGUUUCGCUCCCUUUGUGAAAUUUACGACGAGGAUUCGCAUGAUGUUUACUACGCACCUAGAACUGUUUUUAGAAAAAGCAGCACUACAUCUUUAGUAAAACCAAAUUUUAUAAGUAGUAAAGCAACGACUCCUAUUAUAGUAUCGACUGAUUCGUCAUCGGAAGACUCUUUUAAGCACAUGCAAUUUUACAGGAAUAACUUUGGUAAAGUAAUAAUUGAAACAGAACUGAAAUUCGAUUCAGAUACAGCCAUAACAAUGACGGUGCUUGAAGAAAAUGAAACUGAAGCGGAGAGUGAUAGAAAUGUAGGCAGUGAGGAUGACUGUGAUAGUUCUGAUCAGAACAUGUUGAAAUAUAGUGACGGUGAUGCAUCUGAAGACACAGAUGUUGUGGUUAAAAAAGUGCGUUUUGGUGGUGAAAGCAUAAAAAUACGGACUCCAGAUAGUGAAAACCAAGUAACUAGCGAAGAUGAUAACAAAUCAGGAACAAAUGAGAAAGAAGACAACAUAAUAGAAGUUACAGCCACAGUGACUCCGGGAAUUGUGAAUAAAAUGAUAGAGCUUAAAAGUGAAAACGUUGAAUCUGAAAGCCAAUCUUCAAAGGCAAAACGAAGUGGGAUACCCUUGCCGGUUAUAGAACCGAAGAGCCGAUCGAAACUACACAGUGUACCGCUGCCUAAGCAGUCCAAGAUAAUCAAGCAGAAAUCGAAGUCACUGAACGAGCUGUAUGAUUUCUUUAGGAACAAAAAUGAAGAUGAACGUCCUGUGGAGAAGGACGAAUCAGGGUUCGCGUUGACAUUAACAGAAGUGCGAAGUCCGGAGAAGGUGCCUAGUCCAGUCCAGCCUCACAGAGAAGUGGAGGUGCUUCAUAACCUCCAGCGCAGCCCCGUCGUGUCUGCUCGCAGGCCGAGACCAACGCGGUUCAUACAACUAGAAAACGAAGGAAUGGUGGUUAGUGUGAGUCAUAGUGAAGAGCCAAGUCUUCUGUCACCUCGAGAUGCGAGUCUGCGACCUCACUACGAGUGGGAGGACACGGGCAUCGUGCCCCGGCACAUUGUGGACCAACUGCAUAACCAGGAGAACUGGAUAUCAGCUGUGAAGGCAGCUGACUAUCUACACAGUGCUCUACUGGAAGCAGAAAACAUUAGGAAGGUGGAACCGGCGGCGCUAUCACUGGUGCAGCACAUGUGGGCUCUUAGCGAAGCGGUGACGGCAACAAAAGCGCCAGCCGAAGGGGCGGUCUGCGCGCUAUUCCGUAGCCUCAGCAGCGACGCAGCCCGCAGCCUGCUGCCGGCCCUUGUGGCACGCCUGGCGCGGGAGCCGCUGCCCGCCGCGCUGCCUCACGCGCUGCUCCAGAGACUCGCGCUGCACCACCUCGUCGACCUGAUCUUCGAUCCUCGGGUUAUUGGGGUGGGCGACCCGGACCGGCGGCAGUUCUCGCAGCUCCGGGCCACGCUGUGCCUGGCGCGCGCCGCGGGGCCGGCCGCCGUGCUGUCCGCGGUGCGCCGGCGCCUCGCCGGGACUGCCCGGGCUGAUGCUUUCUGUCUGAAGCUCCGAGAACUGCUAAACAGGCCAAUAAACAACUCGAAAGCCAGCCAGAACUUAAGGAGUUCCCAACUGCCGGUGCCAGUGCGGCGUCGCGCUCGCUCGACGCCUCCGCUGGCGACCCCGGCGCCGCCGCGCAGGCUGCGGCCGCUGCCCGACUCGGCUCCCCUGCCAGGUAUUUCCCAACCAAGGAAAGACAUCCUGAGGACCUUGUCACCGAUUCCAUUCAGCGACCGCGCUACUACGUCGAGCCUCGAUAAUGAAAAGAAACACGCACCCUACGAUGAGCUAUCUUUCAAGAGCGUCAUCGGCGAGACUACGGAGAUCGAUGGAACUCAGGAAGUGGACGAGGACGUGGCGCCGCCGCGCUCGCCGUCGAUACGGAUUGAGGAUUACUCGGAGAAGACCAUCCCCUCCCCGCGCGGCAGCCCGGACCGCUCCGACCGGGACAGCCUCAUCUUGCACGAUACAGAGACCAAAGUUUUUGGUGAUAAUGAAAGUUAUUUGGUGUCCCAGACUUCUUUCGAUGUCGAUUCUAUUAAUUCACCGAGCAGAAGAUCUCCGUCGAGGCGAACCCCACCGAGCCGGCGGUCCCCGAGCCCCGCGCCGGCCUCGGACAGGAGCUCCGCCGCGAGCCCGGUGAGGAGCCGCGCGACCACGCCGGCCGCGGAGAGCGAGCCCUACUCCCCCGCGGUUGCGGCGGCGGGGCGGGACGUGCGGCGCGCGCUGGCCGAGUGCACGGCGCCCGCGCGGCCCGAGGACUGGGAGGUGGUGGUGGGCCGCCUGCAGGAGAUCGAGCGGCUGGCGGGGGACGCGGCGGCGCGCGCGCCGGCGGCGGCGUGGCGGGCGGCGGCGCGGGCGGGCGGCGCGCACGUGCGCUCGCUGCGGUCCCGCGUGGCGCGCGCCGCGUGCCGCUCGCUGGGCGCGCUGUUCCAGCACCGCGGCCGCGCGCUGGACCCCGAGCUGGAGGACGCGGCGGGCGCGCUGCUGGAGCGCUGCGCCGACGUCAACCGCUUCCUGCGCGCGGACGCGACGGAGGCGCUGGCGCGGGUGGCGCGCGGGGGCGGCGCGGGGCGGGCGGCGGCGGCGCUGGCGCGGCGGGGGGCGGGGCACCGCGCGGGCCCGGUGCGCGCGGCGGCGGCGCACGCGCUGGCGGCGCUGGUGGCGCAGCACUCGGCGGCGCGCGUGCUGUCGCUGCCCCCCGAGCCCCGCGCCGCGCUGCUCCGCGCCGCCGGGGAGCUGCUGGGCGACGCGGGCGCGGCGGCGCGGGAGCAGGCGCGCCGGCUGUGCGCGCUGCUGGCGGAGGACCCGCGCUUCCUGCCGCUACUGAAGGAGGCCAUGCCGCCCGCCAGGUACCGUGCCAUUGAGAAGUACAUCGACCGGCUGCCGUGCCGGUGAGAGCUACUCCCAGGCUGGGUUCAACGUUUCCGUGGGUAAAUGAUCGCGUCGAAAUAUUUAUAAGGUGCUGCUCGAUCGUGCUAGAUCAAACCGAUAAGUCCGCCCCAUAUUGUGAUAAAAUUAGAAUAUUUUGUAUUUCUAAGUACUGAGUGUUAAUUUUUAAAAUACAUUUAUUGUGUUUGUUUAUCACCUAAUUGGUUGUAGACCAUCAGAUCUAAAAUUCUAAUGGGUAUUUUUUAAAUUAAAUCAAAAUAACACUGCCUUCUUAUGUACUCGUAUCUCGUCU